ACUAAGCUUUUACAACAGCCUUUCCUGUCUUCAGUAGUUGGCUAUCCGGCGUUCGGGCUGCUUAAAUUUUUUUUCGAGUGGCUUGUGCUAUAGAUACGUGGUUAAAAGAAUAUGGUUGCCCACAAUAAUGUGUUGCCAAAUGCUCACCUUCAUAAAGACUGGCAAAGAUAUGUGAAAACUUGGUUUAAUCAACCAGCUAGGAAGUCACGUCGUCGUAAGUCACGAAUGAUAAAAGCUGCACGUCUCGCCCCAAGACCCCUUUCUUUAUUACGCCCAGCUGUUCGUUGUCCCACUAGUAAGUACAACAUACGUGUCCGUGCUGGACGUGGAUUUACCUUUGAAGAAUUGAAAGCCGCUAAAAUCUCACCUAAGUUUGCCCGAACUAUUGGUAUCGCCGUAGAUUUUCGCCGUCGUAAUCGAUCUGUGGAAUCUCUAACUCUCAACGUUCAACGUUUGAAGGCUUAUAAAGAAAAAUUAAUUUUAUUUCCAAAAGUCAAAAACCAAUUUAGAAAAGGAGAUUCUAAAGCAAAGGAUUGUCGCGCCGCCAAGCAAGUAUUAUUGGGGGAUGUCUUACCUAUUAAGCAACCCCCAAAUAAGGAACAAACGCUCCCCGUCGAGUACAUUAAUACAAAGAUCUCUGCAUAUCAAACCAUGCGAAUGGCUAGAGCGGAGGCUCGCUUGGUUGGCAUUCGCUUAAAACGUAGUCAAGAAAAGGCUGCGGCCGAAUCUUUAUCGACUAAAGCAUAAGUUAAAUUGAUAUUAAAAUCUAUUUUAAUUA